AUGGCCGGCCCUGGAGAUCCAAUGAAAUCUGAAUGGAUAGAUAGAAUAAAAUCCGAAGGAUCCAUUCCACUUCUUGAUCCAAAUAACUGUUCAAAUGGUUGGGCUUCACCUCCUGGUGCAACAUUCAAGGUUAGAGGUCCCGACUAUUUUACAACAAAGGUUAAGAUUCCUGCUGGUGAUUAUCUGCUCAAGCCUAUUGGACUUGAUUGGAUUAGAAGUUCGGUGAAAAUUGGCGAGAUAUUGAAGCAUUCAAAUAGUAGAGUUAGGAAGGUCAUUGAUAAUGAGUUUCCAGCUGGUGAUAAACCUUUUGUGUGGGCCUUCAAUAUGCAACUCCCAACCAAGGAUAACUACAGUGUGGUGGCAUAUUUUACCCACAUAGAGCCUAUUACCCAGGGCUCUUUAAUGGAAAAGUUCGUGAAAGGUGACGAUGAUUUCAGAAACUCAAGGCUUAAGAUGAUUGCAAACAUUGUCAGUGGUCCUUGGAUUGUGAAAAAAGCGGUUGGGGACCAAGCAAUAUGCGUAAUUGGUCGUGCCCUUUCCUGUAAAUUCUGUGUGGCAGAGAAUUUCAUAGAAGUAGAUAUUGAUAUUGGGUCUUCCAUGGUUGCAACUGCUAUAGUUCAUUUGGCAUUUGGUUAUGUGACAACUUUGACUGUUGAUCUGGCUUUCCUUAUUGAAAGCCAAGUUGAAUCAGAGCUUCCAGAAAAACUCUUGGGUGCAUUCAGAUUGUCUAACCUCAAUCCUGCUUCAGCUAGACAAAUUGAACCAUCAUCUCUUUCGGGCACUGCUAGUUUACAAAGAUCUUUAUCUAAACGAUUGUGGAAGUCAAUAGGGCAGAUUCUUCUUCCAGGUUCACAAGAAAAUAACUCUACUUCUGCCUUACAAAAUACUAAAACUGUAGAUCCCAAUAACAGUCCGACUGACUUCAAAAAGUGGUGA